CCAAUCAGUGUUUCAACGAUAUAAUCGAUUAAUUGAGUCGAUUCGUCAAUCUUUUUAAAAAAUGCAUUAUCCUCAUAUAUUUAAUAAAAAUAUAUAUUUAUAUUAUAGAAGUCGAUCGAUAAAGAUUACCAUAACGAGCUUUAAGCAUGAAAUUAAAAUGACCAACACAGUGUACUAGUUGUGUAUAAUACAUACAUCAUCUGCCUGCGUGAUAAAAAGACAGAAUUUCAUAUUUACGCGCGCAAUUUGUUUCGGCAUAUGCGCGCUAUUUUUCUUCUAUCUUAUCAUCGAUCUCAUAAUAGAAUUCACAAAAUAGAAACGAGUAAUAGAUGAUGACGGAGAUACAACAGAGGUCGAAUUAAUUAUACUAAUCUAAAGAAGUAAUACAACGCGUUUGAACAUUGGGGAAAAAUAAAAAAAAAGGGGAAAGGAAAACAAAUAUAACAGAGUAAGCAAUGGUGUACUAAGACAUCGAUCAACAUAAUAUUUGCAAAGUAAGAAUAUUAAGCCGGUCUGAAAAAUGAAUAAUCAAGCAUUCAGUUUGGCAGAAAAGCUUAUACCUUCUACAUAUGUGCAACAAGGUUUAAAUGCAAAGAAAAUUCGCGAAAACCAUAUAAGACAUUUUAUUGAACAUAGACAAUGGCCAGAAGAGGGAUGGGACGACGCAACAAUAGAAGCUUUUCUUUUCGAUCUAUCCCAAAUGGAUAGCAACAAUUUUCCAUCUAACUGUAGCGUUGGAGAACGUGAAGCAAGAAUUGUAUCGAAUAUUGUAGCAAGGAGACAUUUUCGCAUGGGACACGGUAUUGGUAGAUCAGGUGAUUUAGAAGAAGUACAACCGAAAGCUGCUGGUAGUAGUCUCAUGUAUAAAUUAACAAAUGCUCUGGUAUUAGAAGUAUUGCGCUAUAUGGGUGUAAAAAGUAUAGCUGGUUGUUUCUUAUCUCCUAUGGCUACAGGCAUGAGCUUAGUAUUAUGUAUGCUGACUCUCAAACAAGAUAGACCACGAGCAAAAUAUGUUUUAUGGCCUCGAAUUGAUCAAAAAUCAAGUUUCAAAUCUAUAAUUACAGCAGGUUUAGAACCUAUAGUCAUUGAAAUGCAAAUAGUUGGUGAUGAAUUAAGAACAGAUAUGCAAAUGCUCGAAUCUCAAAUGGUAGCUCUUGGAGAAAGUGUACUUUGUGUAUUAACAACGACAAGUUGCUUUGCACCUAGAGCGUGCGACUCGGUUGAUUCAAUUGCAAUUUUGUGUACGCAAUAUAAUAUACCUCAUUUAGUGAAUAAUGCUUAUGGGUUGCAGAGUUCAAGAUGUAUGCGUCUCAUACAAGAGGCAUCACGUAAGGGCCGCGUUGAUGCAUUUGUUCAAAGCACCGAUAAAAAUUUUCUUGUACCCGUGGGUGGUGCAAUAAUUGGAUCAUUUGAUAAAAAUAUUUUGAGUCGUAUAUCAAAAAUGUAUCCAGGUCGUGCAAGUGCAAGUUCUACUAUGGAUGUCAUGAUAACAUUAUUAAGCCUUGGCAUAGCAGGUUACAAGCAACUUAUUACUGAACGUAAAGAAAUGUAUGCCUAUCUUAAAGAGGAACUUGGAAAAAUAGCAACGAAGCAUGGAGAACGUCUAUUAGAUACGAAAGGAAAUCCUAUAUCAAUGGGAAUGACAUUACAGUGUUUAAGUCAUCAACAUGAUAAUAAGCAAGUUACAACCCUAGGCUCGAUGUUAUUCCUUCGUAAUGUUAGUGGUACUAGAGUAAUCACUACGACGGACUCUAAGCACAUAAUUUCGCACAAGUUUGAAGGAUGGGGGGCUCAUAACAGUAAUUACCCAGUACCAUACCUAACUGUUGCUGCCGCUUUAGGUAUGAAAAAAUCAGACGUUGAAGCAUUUAUACAGAGACUAGAUAAAGCAUUAACAAAAGUACGAAGACGUUCUGCUUCUGUAACUCCAACAGCAUCACUUGCCGGAUCUAGUAUUAAUGGAGAUGCUGGUGGUGCUGGUGGACCAGGUGAAUCUAGCACAGCUUCAACUAGCCGUGCAAGUAGUAAAGAUAGUUUGCGAAAAUGAACCGUAAUCAACGCAACUGGCCAGUCAAAUCAGCACAUUAAUAUUAACUUGUAAGUAAGUUAUUACUUGCGAUUAAUAUAUUUUUCAUAUCUCUGCAUAAUUACUUGUAUCUAAACAAGAAUCUUAAAUUUGAUUGUAAAGGUGAAAUAUUUUUUUACAUAAUAUUAUUUAAAAUAUACACAUAUAAACAGAGAUUAUUUUUUUC